UUUUCUUGUCUAUUCUGUGUUAUUUGACUUAUGUUCAAAAGUUGUUGUUGUCUAAUUGAUCAACGUAAUGGUAUAUUGACGACAGUCUACGAUAGAAAAAAAAUAUUCAAUCACUUUCUGUUUUUUUUGCUGGUUGUACCCAAUGCGAAUGUCCAGUUGAUUAUUUAUUAUUUUGUUUUUCUCAUCUCAUCAUUGAUUGUUGAAGCUGUUUUUUUUUGUUUUGUUUUCAUAUUGAUUCUGAUAACAUUUAAAAAUCAAUAAAUAUAAAAAUGGGUAAUAAAUCAUCAUUAAUGUUACAAGAUGAAGAGAUUAAUGCAAUCCAAAAUGAAACUGGAUUUAGUGCAUCACAAAUCGAACGUUUGUAUAGCCGUUUUACUAGUUUGGAUAAAGGUGAUAAUGGUACAUUAGGACGUGAAGAUUUUCUUCGUAUACCAGAAUUGGCUAUUAAUCCACUUGGUGAUCGUAUUGUACAAGCAUUUUUUUCCGAAACCGAUUCAUUUGAUGAUCGAAUAAAUUUUCGUCAAUUUAUGCGUAUAUUGGCAAGAUUUCGUCCGAUUAAAAAAAAUCGUGAAAUCAAAUUAAAUUCACGUGAAGAUAAACUACGUUUUGCAUUCAAAAUGUAUGAUUUAGAUGGUGAUGAAAAAAUUUCACGUGAUGAAUUAUUAGCAGUGUUACAUAUGAUGGUCGGAUCAAAUAUAUCAACCGAACAAUUGGCCAAUAUUGCCGAUCGUACUAUAAUGGAAGCCGAUAAAGAUGGUGAUCAAUAUAUAACAUUUUCAGAAUUUUGUAAAACAUUAGAACGAACUGAUGUUGAAGGAAAAAUGUCGAUCAGAGAGUGUGAAAAAAAAAUGGAAAAAAUUAAACUUCCUAAUGAUGAAUAUUUUGAAAUGAAUUUAACAGAAAAUUCAACGGCAGCCGAUUUGAUUCGAAUAAUUUGUCAAAAUCAUUAUGAUAUUCAUGUUGACGAUGAUGAUGAUAAUGAAAUUUAUAAUGUUUUUGCAAUUUGGAUUACCGAAACAACUUUGAAUGACAAUGAUCGAUUUAAACUUCAAUUACCAUUAAAUCGUAGACAUUGUUUACAUGAAAUGAAAGAAAAAUUUUUAAAACUUUUAAAAGAAAAAUCAUUCGUACAAUUUCGUUUUGGUCGUAAUGGAUAUUUAUCGAUAAAAGAUGAAGAAAAAAUUAAUAAAACAAAAAUACUUCGAAUUUUAUACUUAGAAGCACGUGAUAAUAUUAAUAAAAAUAUUUAUCCAUUGAAUAUAUCUGAACUUUUAAAAUCAUGGGAAAUUGAUUAUCGUAUCAAUCGAAUAUUGUUGUUGGCGGAUAAACAUAAUGAAUCAAUUGAAUCAUCACGUUCCAGCAUCGAAAUCAAUAAAGAUUUAUAUAAAACAUUAAAAAAACAAACAAAAACCGUAUCCUAUCAUAAUUCAUUACGUAAAACACCGAAUCGUUGGAAAAUGUUGAUGAAUGUAAAGAAAACAUGUAUGAAUUUACAAAAAGAUAUUGAAAAAAUAGACAGUGGCUACGAUGAUGUUGUUGAUCGAAUAAAUCCCGAAAUGUCAUUAUAUAUGGAAUAUUUGGACAUUUGUCGUAAAUCAAUUCCUUGUUAUGGUGGAUUUUUUUUCGAAGCACAAAUGGAACGAUCAAUUCGUGAUGCAUUUAUACAUAAAAAUUUUUAUGAUAAAAAAAUUUUAAUCGGUAUUAAUGAAAAUGGUCUACAUUUGAUCAAUAAUGAAUGUCCGAAAAUCAUUUCUUCCAUUCCAUUUUCCGAAUUUUCCUAUGCAAUAUUAGGUUCGGAAAAAGAUCAUCAUCAAGGUCUUUUGCUUAUCAAAACAAAAGAUGAUAAAGUUCGAAAAAUUUUCACCCGUCAAGCAUCGUUUAUUGAUAAAACAGUUAAACAACAUGUUGUUGAACAAGCUGUUUAAUUUUCAAAAAAAAAAUUGUUUUUAAAUCAUAAAUU